AUGAAUUUCCUCUUCCUGUCUCUGCUUCCUCUGGCAGCUGCCCAGGCUCUGUCGGACCUGUACGUCGACAGCGCGCCCUCCUCGCCCAGACCGUAUAUCCUCCCCCACUACGCGAACUCGCACGCCGUGACAAUUGGGAACCAGCUAUAUCGCUUUGCUGUGACAGGCCCCUCGUCGGAUUAUGCAUUCACGCUCAUGAGCACAAACGCCCCGGCCAGCGGCUCCCUCGGCGUACUGCCCCAUAUCCACCAGGCGCACUACGAGAACUUCUUCAACUUCAAGGGCCGUUUCCAGCUAUGGGCUCAGCAUGGGGACGGCGAGCAGCAGGCUAGACUGUUGACGCAGGGCGACUACGGGUCUGUACCGCGGAACACAACGCAUACGUUCCAGAUCCUGGACCCGGAUACAGAGAUGGUGGGAGUGAUUUCCCCCGGCGGAUUCGAGGACCUGUUCUAUUUCCUCGGAACGAACCACUCCUCUAAAACCAACACGCCCUACGUCCCACAGUCAGGCGAGGGCUCUUCAUCCAGCCCCGACUCCGAGAUCAUAUCCAGCCUCCAGCGCUUCGACGUCCACGCACAACUCGACUUCGAGCCCCGGCGAGAUCUCGCUAAUGGUUCGGCACCUUCUACCGAAAACUGGCACUCGAUAGACACCACGGUAUCCACGCCCCUCGGAGCCGCAGGGAAACCCUACUUCGUCGCAAACAACUACGGCCCCAAGUACCUGAACAGCGAGCACGGCGCCUACCAGAUCGUGCAGCCACUGGUUACAAACACCCAGUCCCAGGAUACGAAUUUCACGCUCUCGACUAUCAUCAUGAGUCGGCAGAAUGGCACAGCUGCAGGUGUUCCGGCAUGGAGUGGUCCGGGUGCGUCGGCGUUCGAGGUUCUUGAGGGUUCCAUACUCGUGAAGAUUGGAGGGUAUCCGGUUGCGAGACUGGAGAUGGGCGAUGUUGCGUUUAUCCCGCGGGGAGUUAAAUAUCAGUAUUGGACUCAAGGAUCGUAUGCGAAGGUGCUGUAUGUGAGCAGUGGGACGGAGGGUGUUGAUACGCGGCUGAUUGCUGGUGGGAGGGACUGGGGAUAUCCGACAUUUCCGACGAAUUGA